CAAUGGAGAGCUGCAAGGCAAAACUGGGUUUAAUGGCGUGGCUGGUUUUGAGCUCAUUAACGACGGCGAAUUCCACCUCAUUUCAAGAAUGCUACGCCACCUGCUUCGUCAUAUGCGCCAUCACGCCCGGCGUCGCCUUCUCCGACUGCCCAUUGAGAUGCCUCCAAGCCUGCAUUAUCCCAUCUUUUCCUAUCCACAACGCCGCCGCCGACGACGUCCACCGGCAACAAAAAAACCAGUUCUUCUGCGAGCUCGGCUGCGCCACCUCCUCGUGUACCAAGUUCAGCACCCACCAAAACCCAGCUGAAAACAAAGUGGGAAGCUGUGUGGAUUCGUGCUCUCGGACAUGCUCCAUGGAUUGAUCUUAGCCGUUCAACUUCUCGUUAGGUAAUUUAAUAGAUUUUCGAGGUGCCAGUGGUUAAGAAUUACGAUUCUCUAGGAUCCGUAUAAAUUCCAGUGAAUCUAUUACUUAUUUAUAAACUCAUGAUCAUCCUUUAAAUUAGCCAACAUGGGACAACAAUCUCAACACCAAUUUCAUGUUCUCGAGUUAGAGAGAAUCAUUCGAAUUGGCCGCCCCUCUUGAGCGGCCCCAAUUGUUGACUGGGGUUUCGAUAGCAGUUGGACGGAUCUAGGAACUAGCUGCCUUCUCAGAUCUCAUGGGUAUUGCCUAUAUUAGAUGAACACGACUCUCCACAAUGGUAUGAUAUUGUC